CGUUGCUAUCGUCGACGACGACGAAGACCAAGGACCAUCCCACCCCCAACCUCGUCCCUGCAUCACUUUCGCUAUUCAGAGCAGCGCGCCAUGCAUUCAUCCAGGAGGUCAGGACCAGCUGGCAACGGCAACCAGCGCGGCCCGCAGAGGAGCGCCAGCGGUAACAUGGCAAGGCAGAAUGCGGCGCCUUACAGCCGCCCCAACGCCCCCUCGCAGAGCUACCCACCUUCUCAAAUCACCAUCAGGGGAGCCUCGAGCCUCCCAACGCAAGUCCUCGUCUCGAACCUGGCACGCGGAACCUCUUCAGAGGACAUUCGUCAGACCUUCCUUCAAUUCGGCGACAUUAUCCGCGUCAAGGACCGCAAAUCCAACAACAACACCGACGAUCGCUCCGUCGCGUACGAGGUCCUCUUCGAAGACAAGCCCGCGGCGCAAAAGGCCGUCGAGCAGCUAGACGGGGUCCUCGCUGACGGUCGCAUCCUCUCCGUCGUCAUCGAGUCGGACCAUAGCAGCAAUGUACCCGUCGCUCCACGCGGUACAACGAGCCACCAGCAGCAGGUCAUGACCGCUCGAGAUCGCAAAGCUAUCGCGGCUGCUGCUCACCAGGGGGCUACGGCUGCCGCUUUGGCCGCUGCUCAACGCGCAGGCAGAGGAGCGGCGCCCGUUGGGCCAGGUGGCAGGGGACAGACGGGAGCGCCUACUGCGCCGUCCUUGGCGAGUAGGCUUGGUGGGUUGCCCCUGGCUCAGCGACUUGGUGGCGUCAAGGGGCAGCCGGGCGCGAAUGGCAAGGGUGGAGCAGGCGCCGGUAGCGACCUCACAAACCUCGAAGCAAAGAAGACGAAGCGAGCAGCAAAGAAGGCAGCGGCGGCGGCAGCUGCUCAGACUUCAUCAGAUGGAGCAGCUCAGCCUGCGGUCAAGAAGAGGCCUCGAGGAGGCAAGAAGGCCAAAGCGGGGGCGGCAACGGGCAACAACGGUAGUGGUGGUAGCGGAGGCAUGGAGAUUGAUUGAAGCUGAGAACGCGACAGGCAGGCAGCCAUUCUAUUGCAACCAACUCGUCAAGACCAGUGCGUCGAUCAUGCAAAUUGUACACGAUAUGCUCUUUUCUCUCUCGGUGCCCUCACGGCUACCACAUGCCAGCGGCGCUGAUCUGGCCCUCGUCCUUGAUGAUCAAGCGUACCUUG